UCGACACUCACAUCCGAACGUCCGCAGCUAGGCGCUUCUUGCACCACGCAGGGGUCUCCCCUGUCCUCCCAGGGCGCCCCACAGCCUCCCAGGGCGUGCUGGCUGCAGCUCCUUGGCUCGGGGCUGUCGGCUGAGGCUCCGCCUGUGCGGGAGCCUGGUCCCGCCCCGGGCCGGCAAGGGCUGCCGGGGCUGCGGUGGCAGAGCCCGCGCCCCGCUCCGGGUGCGCCGGGGUGGUGUCGGGAGUCGCGGGGCUGCCGGGCGCGUGAUGGCGGCAGCCAGGGCUGAGGUGCCGGGUAGAGGGCUGAUAGAGACCCAGAGCCUUGCCCUUAUGGUUUCUAGUCACAUGAACCCAGGGACAAAACUCACAGCUCCUGGACCUGCCAACUCUCUUGGAAUGGAGUUUCCAAGGAAACGCAAAGGAAGUGAUUCAGAGCCGGCCCAGGAAGCACACAGCCAGAUGGAAAAGCGGCGGAGAGACAAGAUGAACCAUCUGAUUCAGGAGCUGUCGUCUAUGAUCCCUCCACUCAGCCCUGCAACCCCAAAACUGGACAAGCUCAGUGUUCUGAGGAGGGCAGUGCAGUACUUGAGGUCUCUGAGAGGCAUGACAGAGUUUUUCUUGGAAGAAAAUUCUAGACCUUCAUUUAUUCAUGAUAAGGAGCUCAGUCACUUAAUCCUCAAGACAGCAGAAGGCUUCCUGUUUGUGGUUGGAUGUGAACGAGGGAGAAUUCUCUUCGUAUCUAAGUCCAUCUCCAAAACACUGCAGUAUGACCAGGGCAGCUUGAUGGGACAGAAUUUGUUCGACUUUUUACACCCAAAAGAUGUCGCUAAAGUUAAGGAACAACUUUCUUGUGAUGUUUUCUCAAGAGAGAAACCUCUAGACACUAAAACCCCUCUGCAGGUUUACGGUCACGGCCACACUGGGCGACCACACAUGCAUUCUGGCUCCAGACGAUCUUUCUUCUUUAGAAUGAAGACCUGUAAAAUCCCUGUCAAAGAAGAGCUUCGAUGCUCACCCUGCUCAAAGAAGAAAGACCACAGAAAAUUCUACACUGUCUAUUGCACUGGAUACUUGAGAAGCUGGCCUCCAAAUGUUGUUGGCAUGCAGAAAGAAAGGGACAAUGAGAAAGAUAGUGGCCCUCUUACCUGCCUUGUAGCCAUGGGACGGUUACAUCCAUAUGCUGUCCCUCAGAAGAGUGGCAAGAUCAGAUUGAGGCCAACUGAGUUCGUAACCCGCUUUGCCAUAAAUGGAAAAUUCAUCUAUGUUGAUCAAAGGGCAACAGUAAUUUUAGGAUACCUGCCUCAGGAACUUUUGGGAACUUCGUGUUAUGAAUAUUUUCAUCAAGAUGACCACAGUAAUUUGACUGACAAGCACAAAGCAGUUCUGCAGAGUAAGGAGAAAAUACUUACAGACUCAUACAAAUUCAGAGCGAAGGAUGGCUCCUUUGUAACCCUGAGAAGUCAGUGGUUCAGCUUCACUAAUCCUUGGACCAAAGAGCUGGAGUACAUCGUGUCUGUCAACACACUGGUCUUGGGGCGCAGCGAGACAGGGAUCCUGUCCAUGCUUCACUGCGGCAGCCAGUCUUCGGAAGACUCAUUCAGACAGCCCUGCAUCCAUGUGCCCGGCAUGUCCAUGGGGACCAUACUUGGUGCUGGGAGUAUUGGAACAGAGAUUGCAAAUGAGGUUCUGAGCUUACAGAGGUUACACUCUUCAUCCCCAGAGGAUUCAAAUGCUUCAGAAAUCAUGAGUGAGAGCCACGGUAUAAACUGCAGGAAUGCCAACGUACCUGUGUCCACGAAGGAGUGCUUUUCACGUAGUCCUGAAACAGGGGGCCUGGAGGCUGCCAGGCAACGCUGGAGCAUUGAAGCUACUCACAGUCACGGGCCCCUCCUCAGUGAUGGUGCCCAGCUGGAUUUUGAUGCCCUGUGUGACAAUGAUGAUGCAGCCAUGGCUGCGUUCAUGAAUUACCUGGAAGUAGAGGCGGGCCUGGGUGACCCUGGGGACUUCAGCGACAUCCAGUGGACACUCUAGCAUUUGAACUAAAUGAGAAUCAUUUCAGAGUGUCCCAUUUACGAAACACUCUGUUCUUCUACACUGUAUCAAUACUUUCUUUUGUUAAUAGUCGGCCGACUUUUAUACAUCUGCACCUUACUCUCACGGGGCUGUGGGAGAGGGAGAUGUUUUCCUCCACAGUGAAACAGUCAAGUUCAUCAUACUCUCUUUACUCAGUGAGCUAGCCUGGGGUCAGGCUGCUAUAUUUUUGCUAAAAUGUUCUGACCAAAAAAUGCUGCCAACCAUAUUGUUUGGGCUUUGCUUCUGUUUUUUGUAUAAUUUUGUUUUUUGAGUUUGGGAAUUUUAAUAUACUGCCAUUUUCCUUGUCUGUGGCCUAUGAGACUGAUAAUGUGGGCUAGUGUGCUGAGGCAUAUUCCCACACCUCAAGCCUUUCCUUAAUUGAAUGAGCUUGGUGCUUCUGGGAUGUGGUGAGUGCUUGAACAUUUAAAAGGGCAGUGGAGCUUAUGGUCAUCCUGACGAGGGCACUGCACAUUCAGCCUUUGUAGAACUUGGCAAGGAUUGCUAGGACGUUAAGGCUCACUUGAGCACUUUACAGUGGACUCCAAGGGGAAGGACUUCUUAAAACACAGAAAAGGCCAAAGUUCCAGCUUUGUUUACAGAAGAGGGUGGACCCUGAGCCCUUGAUCUUGGCAGUGAAUCUUUGCAAGAAGAUAUUUAACCACUAAGGAUUUUCACCGUAACUAGAACUGCCUUGCAGGUUUCCACUGUUGAAGCUGCUUAGUGAUAGAUUCCGUCUGGAGGAUAAAACAGGCCCAGGCAGAUCAAAUGCCCUGUGGAAGGUCCCACCUUAAAUUCAUUAUAUACAUUAAACGUUAAGUUGUUGAUGUUUAAUGUAUGUAAGCCAGUUGCGUUUGUGAAGGCAGUGGACUCACUAGUUACCUAGUGACUGAGCUGACCUGGGAGACGGCUGUAGCCUGCUAGAUAAUUGGCAGUUAGUCAUUGCCUGCAGCUGAGUCAUGAAACAAAUGGUAAAUGUAGCUAGUUGUUGUUUUGUUGUAUGGGUUUUGUUGUUUGUUUGUUUGUUU